CAAACCCUCGACACCGCCGCACCCAAACCCAAACCCUCUUCCCCAUGUAGUACUGGUUCCACUCUUCCCCAACCAAAACCCUAGACACCGCCGCACCAUGCCGCCGGCGGCGGCGCUGAUGGACGAGCUCGUAGAGCAUCCGUUCCUCCGCCUUUCGCCGGAGCUCGUCGAGGAGGUAUUUUUCCGCCUCCCGCCGGACGAGCCCGCCUGUCUCGUCCGUGCCUCCGCUGUCUGCAAGCCCUGGCGCCUCAUCCUCGCGGAUUCGGGCUUUCGCCGCCGCUACCGCGAGUUCCACGGAGCACCUCCCGUCCUGGGUUUCUUCCAGAAGGACGUCAGCUUCUUCCCCAUCUCCGCCCUCCCCCAUGGCCAGCCUAACGAUCCUCGCUGGGUUCCCCUGGACUGCCGCCACGGCCGCGCCCUCUUCGCCUUCGCCCCCGCCAUCUUCGCCUUCGACCCCGCCUACCGGAACGUCGUGGAAGGGGGGACCGUUGGACUAAUCAUCUGGGACCCUAUGACGGGCCAAGGGUGCCGCCUACCCUCACCGGUGGACGACACUUUCGGCGAGCUCCGGUUCACGUUCAGUGCGGCGGUGUUAUGCGCCGCACAAGGCUGCGACCACCACGGUUGCCAAGGAGGGCACUACCGUGUGGUCAUCGUCACCACCAAUCAGCGGCAAAGCGUCACAUCGGGCUGGAUGUACUCGUCGGAGACUCUAGUGUGGGGCAAGCUCACCUCUGUUCAUCACCCCAAUGUGGAGUAUACCUAUAACUUGGGUGCGCCUAGCGUCAUUGUGGGCGAUGCACUCUACUUCAACACUAGUGGCAUCGUGGAGUGCCAAAUUGGUACUCUCCGCUUGUCAAUGUAUGAGAAGCCGAUCGAUGGCAAUGGGCGUCUCACGACGGCGGAAGAUGGCAGGCUGGGAUUCGCUGCCGUGGUUGAUUUCACAAAUCUAACUCUAUGGUCAAUGCAGAGGGGACCGGAGGGAGCCACGGGAUGGGUAAAACUCAGGGCAAUCGAUCUUAAGAGGCUACUCCCUAAUGGUGCCCUGCCGAUCCCAGCCUAUGAAUUUGGGAUUAGCAGGUGGGUGCGUGGAAUGCUUGUCAGUGGCAUCGCAGAGGGCACCCAAGUCAUUUUUGUGAAAACACAAGUUGGUUCCUAUAUGGUUGAUCUCAAGGCAGGGCGAGCCAGGAAGGUGUCUCGCCUUGGCAGAAAAAUCUUUCCCUACAUGAGCUUCUACAUCCCAGCAAUGGAAGUAGCCUGUAACGGCCAGGAGCAGUGA